UGGAAACAUAGACAAAGCAAUGUGCGGACCCUGGUAACCGAGUGGCGUGUGUGAGUGUUGCAAGUGUGACUGUGAUCGUGUGUGUUGCUUUUUCAUCCCGCGAAAUCGCGUGUAUAUUUUGUCCGCUCCUAAUUGGAACGUGUGACUGGCUACGCGAGAAUGUGCAAGCAAAUAAUGAUCGUAAGUGCCCGUUUUUCCUCGUAACUUCAAAGUACGCCUUUGCCGCAUUUCGUUACACAAGUCAGCUGAGCGAGGAGACAACAACGACGUGUUUUUGUUUUUCUCCUCCUCGAGUCACGUCGCACACGGGAGACGCACAACAAGGGGAGGGGGAGAGUUUCGAGUGAUGGAGCAGUUCAGGUACGCUGUGGGGAGUUUCGUGCGCAGUGUUUACGAUUCCAUCGUAGGUAUCGGUGUCGUCGUAACCCUGCAAGCCGAGCAAAACAAGAGCGCAGCGCGGAAAUCCGCUAAUGCGCAGUCCACGACGACGCUAGCUCUACGUAGGGCCGCGGUCCUGCAGGCUAGUCCAUCCUCGGGAGCUUCUUUGUCAUCAGCUGAACUUCAGCUGCAAAAUGUGCCUGCUACACCCCCGUCGACCGCGAAACGGAGGGGCGAAGAGCCGCUGCAAAUAUACCGCAUAUUUCAGUGCUGUUGUCUGAACGGCGGCGUCUUCAUGUGCAGCGUGCUCGUCUUCUACAAGUUUCUGCUCCCGACCGUUCUGUCUCUCAUAGUCUCUCUCUUCGGCGACACCGAGAAGUUAUCGGCGAACACCAUUUGGAGCUGGUUGCAUCCCCUGCUCGUGUGCACCUUCCAAGCCCUCUGGGUGCUGCCGCUCUUCCUGAUGAGCAAAGUAGUGAACUGCCUCUGGUUCCAGGACAUUGCGGACAUUGCGUUCCGCUACACCACCGGCGGUCGCCAGCGGUUCCUGCCCAGCGUGAGCCGCAUCUUGUCGGACAUUUUGUUCAGCGUUCUCGUUCAGACGCUGUUCCUCAUCCAGUCGCUGAUCGUGGGCGCCCUGCCGGUCGGGAGGGUGAGCGAGCUCGUCAGCCUGGUGCACCUGAGCAUGCUGAACUCGCUCUACGCCUUCGAGUACGUCUGCUUCAGCCGCGGCUGGGAACUGCACCGAAGGCUCUCGUUCAUCGAGGAGAACUGGCCGUACUUUGUCGGGUUCAGACUCCCGCUAGCGGUCAUCACGUCCUGGUCCGAGUCCUACCUCCUGAGCGGCUCAUUCUUCUCGGUACUGUUCCCGCUCUUCAUCCCGAGCGCUUCCGGGGUGACGCCCGCCACUGGAACCACUAGGUAUCCUCUCAAGCUCUUUUCUCCGUCCAUAUGGGUGGCUAAUGCCAUUUUUCAUCGGCUGACCGCAAACUGCACUGCCAAACCGCUUGUUUGACCUGCAGUUCCGCAGCAAAAG